AUGUCGGUCGCGAAAGUCCCGCUCUCGGCCCGGAGCCACAUCGAGAGCCUGGAUGCGGGACUUUGUUCAGUGGAAGGUGCUGCGGAAGUCAUCUCUGACAUACGUGCACGCCGGAACGUCACCAAGCUCAUCCUUGGACACAACGAGCUUGGUGACGCGGGAUGCGAGCUACUCUUCGGGUUCCUCAGCACGGAGAAGGGCAGGCAGUACCCCAUCUCCGAGAUUAGCUUGAACUCGAACGGCAUAGGCGACGGAGGCUUGCGCGCCAUCAUCGAAUAUCUCAGGGAGAACACAUCACUGAAGGAACUCUUCUUGCAGAACAACGCGUUCUCUGCGGACCCAGAUGUCGCUACUGCGUUUGCCGAGGCGUUGAACACAUCCCAGCUCGAGACGCUCUCCCUCACCACGAACACCGCGCUCGCCGACGAGUUCAUCGCGAGAUUCUUACCGGUCCUGGACGCACCGCACCUGCAGGAGAUGCAGCUAUCCGUACUCGGCCUCACGCAUGCAUCUGCCCCACACAUUGUUGAGUACAUAUCCUCUCCUCGCUGCCGCCUGCGCGCCCUCCGUGCGAACGGGAACAGACUCGGCCUGCGCGGCGCACGUACCAUCGUCCGUGCGAUACACCGACACAACUUCACCCUCGCGAAGCUCGAGAUGUACGCCAACGGGCUGGCCGAUGCUGAUCCCGACGCGUCCGGCGAGACGUCCGCGAGCGACGACGAGGGCGCGCUGCGGGCAGGCGAUGCCAUCUGGCAGGACAGUGAGAAGGAGCUGGCGCGUGCGCUCCAGCGGAACAGGCACCUGAGGGAGGCGACUGAACGCGAGGCUCUUAGCCUGUUGAAGUACGCGCGGGCGGUCUUGCUUAAACCAAGGAGUGUCCGUUCGCCCUCCGCGUCAAGAGCACUAGUACCGUGUACUCGAAGUGGCCUCUUCUCGUCGAUCAGCCUUGCGGAGCCGCCUCUACUACCCUUCCGCUUUACGAGCCUGCCGAUCGAGCUUCAGCUCUACAUCUUGUCGUUCCUCGCGCCUACCCUGUCAUCGGCACAGCGCAUCCGGAUCUAUACGUACGCCUCCUCGCAGGCCACUCUUCCGCCCCUACUUCCUUCGCUCACGUCCCGAGGAAAUUUGCCAGACCCGACGACGCUACCCUUCGGUGGUGUCCCCAUGGGCGUGGGCAUGAUGCUGCGGAAGCGCCGCGGGUACGCUUCCGGCUGUGACGGAGUCGUGACAGGGAGCAAACCUGCGACGCCAGGCAGCGGGAGGAAGGCCGAGGAGCGCGCGAGAUGGCUGACGAUGAUGAGAUGUGAUGCAUUUGAGCUGGAGGAGGAUGGUGACUGGAGCGAGGCGGACGUCCUCGCCCUCGGAGUUUAG